CCGGACUCUGGAGUUUUAGGACUCUCCAUGAACAUUGGGGUCCGUAUACAUUGGGGUCCGUGAACAUUGGGGUCAUCGAUUUCAGAAAAUGAAGCCUUUUUUGUGCGUUCUGCUGCUGGGUUGGGUUCAUUUUACAGAAUCUGUUAUCCAUAAAAAUAUAGAUACACUAGAGAGAAGCAAUGAAAGAGUUAACUUCAGUAAUGGCGAAAUAAACCGACCAAUCAGAAGUCUCCAGCGUCACAAACGGUCGAACUGUGGAACCGAAAUGUAUUAUAACUAUGAAGACGAACAUUGCUGCAAGAUGUGCCCUAUAGGUCACUAUAAGGAGAAGCCGUGUUCUGCUCCUGAGCAGGAUUCUGUAUGUAAACCUUGUGUCGCAGGCACCUUCCUCGCUCACAUCAACUACGUAACUGAAUGCAGACGUUGUACGCGUUGUGAUCCAGACACACAAGUGGAAGUGGUGAGAUGCUCUGCAGAUAGAAAUUCACAAUGUGCCUGUAAAGAAGGUUAUUAUCUAUCUGCGGAUCACUGCAUACUGUGUACAAAAUGCCACAAUCGGAGUGUAACCAAGAAUUGCUCCUCAACAAACAAUGCUCAAUGUGGAGGCUGCCUGCCCGGUUACUAUGAAGAACAGGAUGAAUGUCGUCCGUCCUGUGAUCAGAUUGGUGAAAAAUGUGAAAAUACUAAUACCAGCUGCUCCCCAGUGUGUGAACCUGUCACCUUUGAAGAGAAGUCAGCGCCAUACAUGUGGAUCGGGGGCUUCCUGCUGCUUCUCGUACCAUUCGGGGGUCUUUUUAUUUACAAGCACAUGAGGAGGAAGAAACACAACAGGGGAGAGCACAUCAUCACUGUGCACGGAGAAGGAGACCUCCCGGGUUUAUCAGAUGUAAACCAAGAGACAAGAAUUAUUUUUUCAGAUGAUCCAGGUCACGUUCCCUCCGUCCUCCAGAAGAGCUGCGCCUUGUACGACAUCAUCAACUGCGUCCCGGUCAGACGGUGGAAGGAGUUCAUGAGGACCCUGGAGCUUCCCGACAAUGUCAUCGAGAUGGUGGAGGUGGAGAUCCCCAACUAUCGGGACCAGCAGUAUGAGAUGCUCAGGAGAUGGUGCCAGCUCAAAAUGGCGUCUAUAGAUGCCGUGUACCAGACCUUAGAGCGGAUGAACCUAUCGCGGUGCGCGGAAGAACUCAAAGCAAAGAUAGAACAUUACCCAGAAUCCAUAUAAAGACCUUCUAAAGUCCAUCGGGGAAAUAAGUUACCAAGCACUACAUGAACGUUGGUGCGGUCCUGGGCACCAGGGAGGGUAGACAUUCAGAACUUGAAUCAGGAAUGUUGGUACAAUGUUUUUUGAAAAAUGUUCGGUGAAAUUACAAAAACAUGACACAAUUUGACACAGUUGAGUAAAUUCAGUUAGUGCCAACCCUAGAACUGGUGCCCCAAUGGAGAGAGCGCCAUUUACCUGCUGGUAACCAAUGUUCUAGAAUCCAGUAGAAGAAACUUUCAAUCCUCAUUAAAGGGGUACUCCAGCGAUAGUAACAGUAGAGGGCAGUGUUUACCAAAACUAGUUUUGCAACAGGUGGUGCCUCAUAAGUUUGGAAACACUGGCCAAUGCGGUAUCCCACUACAAAAUACCAAGGACAUCUUUCCUUAAGAGGGGGAGUUUGCAGUAUCCCGGAGCAUUUUGUGUUUUUUGGCUGUUCAGGCUUGCUGCGGCCCCAUUCUUGUUAUCAUGGGGGAAAUGGAUGCCAGAGGUCAGACCACCAUUAUCUUUUGAAAAUAGUUUCUUUCACUAGAAUAUGCCUUAAAGGGGUACUCCGUCGAAAAAAAUCUUUUUUUAAAUCAACUGGUGCCAGAAAGUUAAACAGAUUUGUAAAUUACUUCUUUUUAAAAAUCUUAAUCCUUCCAGUACUUAUCAGCUGCUGUAUGCUGAUUUACAAAUAUGUUUAACUUUCUGGCACCAGUUUAUUUUAAAAAAUAAAUAGUUUUUUCACUGAAGUGCCCCUUUAAAGUGUUGAUAGAAGUAAAGCUCUGCUGUGUCAUAUGUUAUAAUCCUGAACAACAAACAAUUCUGAUGUUUUUGGACAUUACUCCAGUGAAUGCUUUCUAGUAAAGUAGAGUGUAUGUUCAGAUGUCACUGGAUGCUUUCUAAUACUGAAAAGUGUAUGUCUAGUGCACCUCGUCAGACGAUAAGGGGAAAAGGCAAGUAAGAUAAGGAUGGCACCUUACGCUGAGGGCACAACACCCGUAUGCGUGUGUAGGAGAAAAUAAUGGAUUCCGCAGCUCCGGGUUCCCUCCGGGUCCACAGUCGGGUCACAGUCAGGCUGUCACGCCCCCUCCCAUAGACUUGCAUUUAGGGGGCGGGGUGUGACUUCAUAAGGGGUUGGGGUUGUGGAGCUUCCGGCUCCAGAGUUCGAAACAGUUUGUUCCAAGCGCUGAGCAGCGGAGUACCCCUU